AUGUUCAAAUUGGUGGUAUUGUCUGCUCUUCUUGCUGUAGCUGCUGCUCGUCCCGGUCUAUUACAUUCAUCCCCAGUUGUGUAUUCAUCACCUCUCGUCCAUGAACAUGGUCUAGCUAGUGUUGGAACAAUUGUCAAAACUAUCCCAACUGCUGUAUCACAUCAAAGCUCAUCGGUUGUUCAUAGUUCCGGACAUAUUGUUCAACCAAUUGUUGCUCCAGUUUUGAAGACCUAUUCAGCUCCAGUUUUGCACACUUCUUAUGUUAGCUCUCCAUUGGCUUAUUCUGCACCACAUUUGUCUUAUGCUUCAUCUCCACUUCAUUAUGCAUCUCCUUAUGGAUACGCCUCAGGGGGAUGGUAA